GUGAAGUUGAGAGGAGGUGGAGGAGGAGGAGGGCCGCUUCAUGCGCCACAGUAUACCGACGCUGGAGCUCCGACACGGCGGGCUGUCCUGCUCCCACUGUCCCGCGGAGGAAGCUGAACGUCAGGACGGAUUCUGUGCGACACGGAAGCUUCGCCCGGAGUUUCACGGAGCCGCUUUCCCGCGUGCACGGAAAGUUACCGGGAAUAUAAAGUGGAACUUUCCCCUUCGCUUGGCGCGUAAAGGUUGAUCCAACUGUGGAAUGAAAUCCGAGCUCGAGGAUCAGAAUGGCUGCCCACAUUAAACACCUGGAAUUAUACUUGAUUUGACAAGAUCUUAUACAACUGCCAGAAAAACUCUCUGAACUCCUCUGUACACCUUCACAACCUGGUUUGACUUCUGCCUGCAAGCGAGAGGCCGUCAUCAUGCCUAUUCUCAAGCAGCUGGUGAACAACUCCAACCAAUCAAAGCGGCGGUCUCGGGCAGACCUGACCGCAGAGAUGAUUAGCGCUCCACUGGGGGACUUCCGCCACACGAUGCACGUGGGUAGAGGGGGUGAUGCCUUCGGGGACACUUCAUUUCUUAGCACCCGAUCGGGGGAACCUCCGAGGGAGCCAGAGACAAAGCAAAGCUCCCCGGGGCCCAAACCAGGGUUGCUGUCCCGCACCUUCAGAAGCAGCAAGCGCUCUCAGUCAGUAAACAGAGGAGACAAGUAUGAAUACAAUAUGAUGGCACCCUCUGGUGGCUCAUCCAACUAUGUGAAAAACGCCAUAUCCUUACCAUACCUAAACGACGAGGAUACUAACAGAAGCAACCAGCUGACGAAGAGUGUUUCUUCCAGCCCAAUGAAGAAGCUCACAGAGAUCGAAACCAAGCCGAGUAACGGAGCAGCAGCGAUGGCGACGCUUGAUGCAGAGUUCGAUGAGCGAAAUUUUGGCGAACUCACAGAUUUGCCUCCAUCCAUGCCCAAGGGAGGCGGCAUGAAGCACGCAGAGUCUAUGAUGUCCUUCCACAUCGACUUGGGGCCCUCCAUGCUGGGGGAUAUCUUGAGCGUGAUGGAAAAGAAAGGCUGGGAGGAGGACGACCUCGGCUACGAGGAAGGCAAGAGCAGCGAGGGCCGCGGAUCGCCCUCCCUCAUACCCCACAUAGAUGAUGAUGAUGUGGAGGAGCAGGCCCCUGCGAGGCCACCCCGCAUCAUGUACCAGGAGAAGGCCAUGGUGGACCCCUACACCCCAGAGCUACACACCAGGAGCAACCACCACAACAUGGAUAGCUGCUCUGUUUCCAGCUCCGGCUCGGUCACAGGGGAGAAAGCUCAGUACCACCUCCAUGACGGCGACACGGACAGUGCAAAGUACAGCUCGCCACGUGGGGAGGAGGACAGAGAUUUCACCUUCAUGGACGACGACGAUGAUGAGAUCCGAGUGUAGACACACCUGCUCUGGCCAGACAGAGUUUUCCAAUGACACUGACCGAGAUGACAAGGUGUUGGGGCUAUGACACAUGAAAAAGGCAGGGGAAGGAUUUAGAAGCAGGGCCAAAUCUGUUUUAAGCUUCUUUUAGAUCGGCCCAAACUCUGCACACUUUGUCAACGUCAUAAAUAAAACCAAUUACGCCUUAUUCACUGUGCUGUAGCAGGGAGAUGUGAGCUGACUGCAUGCUGAGAGUGCAGACUGGGUCACUAAGUUGCACUCUCGAAAGUUUUGGGUUUGUUGUUUGUUGCAGUUUUUUGCACCAUCAAACUCUGGACCCUUAUUAUUAUUAUUAUUAUUAUUAUUAUUGCAAAAUUCGGUUUUAAAAACAAACCGGCUUCUGUCGUCAAACUCUGUAAUGUAAACUCUCAACUGUGCAUCUGCAAAGAGGAGAGAAAUCAGUGAGCCGCUGGUUAUGAGCUCACUCAUUUAAAGAAGUAAAGGUUAACCACGAGGUUAGAGAAGUAUAUUCCCAGCUGUCAAUCACAUGGAUAUCACAUUGGGAGCGUGAUGUGUGAGGUGAGCAGACGGACGUGCGGGGUCACACGCUCACUGUGGAUCUGUUCUACACAUUCUGAGGGAAACAGCAAGAAUUGAAACUCCGAUAUCUUUGUAAUCCCGGCGUGUGGGAGUGAUCGCCAAGCUUCAUUUGCCGAGAAGAAUAUUUUGGCAUAGACACUAAAUAGAGAAAGUUGUGAUUACUUUUGUUCAAUUGAAUUAAUGAGAUGAGUUCUGCCUUAUUUUUUUUUUUUACUAUAUUUUAUGUACAUAUAGUAUCUGGAGGUCGGUCUUCACAGUAGCUUGUUGUAUUUGAGGUAGUUUAUUAUUUUGCGGCUGUUUUCUUUGGCAAAUUCUUUGGUAUUUAUUCAUUAACUCUCAUAAGGGAUGGAUCAGUCUUAAUGUGCACUGCUAGGUCUUAAAACGUUUAAUUAUGGCUUUUUUUCCGAUGAGAUAAAUUUCGUACAGAAAUGUAACGGUACCACACAGGGAGAGUCGGCUUGUUUGCAUAGGCACCGGCACCGUGGGACUUCAUUACGAGGACUAAACGCAUCACUCCUGCGAUCGCUGUCAUGGUAAAGCUGUAUUAGGUAACGAUAGAUUCACGAAAUCACACAAGAAUUGUCAGAAAAGUUUUGUAUGUGUUGUGUGUCCUGUGCCAAAACAGGACAGACGUGGUGAUUGUGGGGAAACUGUGUGUGUCUGUGUCGUCACUGAAGUUGUAGGAUUAGCAGGUCAGCAGAGAGACGUAGGAGAUGUUUGUAAGGGAGUCGCUGCAGUAGAAACAGGGUCAAACUGUGAUUUAAUAGUUGCCGCUCUGUCCAACACACAUCCUGUCUUAAUCGACACGUGUCCAUGUUUGUCUCUGAGGGCAGAGAGAGGACGCAGCAGAAUGAGCAGAGAGUUAUUAGAGUGCAGCUACUUAACAGUCGUGUGUCAGGUAUGACCUCGAGGCAGAGGGGGGGGUGGGAUAUUUCCUAAACCGGAUCCGCAAGUGAUGAUAACCACCUCCUCUAAACAACGCAAAUCAAACAGUAGGAAGAGAUGAUUAAAUCAGCCAACCAUCUGACAGCUGGGCAGCUUUUCUCUGGUGUUUAGUUGGUUUUUACAACCAGGCUCGUUCAGUAGUCUCCUCCGGGUUACCCUCAGUUAUAAAUUAGGCCGAACGAGGCGUACGCUAUCUUUCUUCCGUGUCCGUGAUUAAUGUCUGACCUUUUUUAUUUUGUGUUAGAAAAGCUAAUUGCCACGUUUGAAAAAUGGGAGCUUUGGAUUUCGUGUUGUGGCGCAGAAGCCGGGGUGUGUGCGCAGAAUCCGGAUGCCAAGCUUUUCUGCCUUCGGGUGAUGUGUUUUGUUUUUUCUCACACGAACAGGUUGUGAGAAGUUCUGAAAUGAAAAGCAAUCUGGAGGAAAUUGCCAAGUAUGUUUUAACCGUUUUUUCGGGUAACGUUAGGAGAACGUUGGAGUUUGUUUAUUUUUCCUUUCUGUGUAGAUAAUAUGCAGUAUGAUUUGAGUCAGGUCGCUUCAUGGGCCAAAUAAAAGCUGUCUUUUUCCUUCUCUUUUUGAUCCAUUGUGAAAUAUGUGGUUCUCGGAGCGUCGGGGCAGCUGCAAUCCUUGAAGAAAAGAAACAAAAUCACUCCUUGUCUGCCGUUGUUUUAAUCAAAUCAUGUAAAUACAGGUUGUGCCAUUGAUUAUUACAGUCAACAAUCUUUGCCCUCAGCAGACUGUGUGGUGCCAGUGUGGGAACCGGACGAAUGUUAAGGGCUUUAAUACUAACUCUGUGGCCAAAUAGUAUUUGCGUGUUUUAAAAUUGGAGUUAUAAUUUGAAAGAGAUCGAUAGCGAAUGAUGGAAAAGUCUGAAGUAUUCCUCUGAAAUACUGUGUUGAGAUCGUCUCAACUAUUUGGCGUUUGUCUCAGUGUGAAACUCCUAAGUAGGGCAGAAGAAACCAUAUCAAGGAAUUUGCAAAUACAUUCUGCAUCAGGUCAACUUUGAAGUUUCCCAUAACCCAAACAGCUGUGGUUUGGUGUGCGGCAAAAAAAAAGAAAAAAAGAUAAGGACUGUAAAAAAACAACUGGCUCAAAGUUCAGCUGUAGAAUGUUUUUCUUUUUUUCUAUUCAGUGGCUGUAGUGUUAUGCCAAGUAUGUACUGUUUUCUCUUUCUACUCCUCACUCUGGUUUUACAGUAUAUUAAUAUAUUUACUUUUCUCACUUUCCUUUCUUUGAAAUAACAGCUAUAUUUUUCAAUAAAAGAGAAAGCUGGUAAUCUUUAA